AGCUUGUCACCAUUCCACCGACAGUUGCACUUGCUCCGGCUCCGUCGGCUGCUGAUAUGGGGCAGCAGCAGCACGAGAUGCGCGCCAGUAGCACCUCGUCGACAGAUUCAAAUGGGUUUCCGGUGAAGGAUCCGGAUGCUAUUAAGCUUUUUGUCGGGCAGAUCCCCCGAAACUUGGAAGAGAAAGAUCUACGUCACCUAUUUGAGCAAUUUGGUAAAAUAUAUGAAUUCACAAUUCUUAAGGACAAAUAUACAGGUAUGCACAAAGGCUGCGCAUUUCUCACCUACUGCCAUCGAGACAGCGCCGUCCGCUGUCAGGCGACACUUCACGAUCAGAAAACGCUGCCUGGAAUGAACCGAGCCAUGCAGGUGAAACCAGCAGACACAGACAGCCGUCCGGCGAGUCCAAAAGACAAAAUGGACGACAAGAAGCUUUUCAUCGGAAUGCUCUCAAAACAACAGUCUGAAGAUGAAGUUCGUGCUCUUUUCGCCACGUUUGGAGAGCUUGAUGAGGUAACUGUGCUCCGUGGAGCCGAUGGAGCAUCCAAAGGGUGUGCAUUUGUGAAAUACAAGCACGGCCUGGACGCUCACAUGGCAAUAUCAGCUCUUCAUGGCUCACAAACUAUGCCCGGAGCCAGCUCAAGUCUUGUGGUCAAAUACGCGGACACUGAGAAGGAGCGUCAAAAUCGGCGAAUGCAACAGAUGGCUGCACAAAUGGGAAUGUUAAAUCCGAUGCUUGUGAAUCAAGUUGGCAUGCAAUAUAAUGCAUAUCAGCAGGUUCUACAGCAACAAUCACUUGCUGCACAGACCAAUGCGAUGGCUAGUGCGGCUUACUUGCCACUUUUACAGCAGCAGACUACGGAUCCCCUCCACGUUCUGCAACUUCAGGCUGCCGCCGCAGCAGCCCAGGCAGCAGCAAACCCAGUUUUAUCCCAACAAACUCAACAGCAACAACAACAGCAACAACAACUGGCCGCACAGCUUCAACUUCAAUCCGCAGCAGCUCAGAAUCCACAUUACGCCCUAGCAGCUCAAGCUCUGGCUCAACAACAGGCUGCUCAGCAGGCUCAGGCAGUGGUGGCUCAUUCUCAUGCACAAGUACAUCAGCACCAGACUGCUCAGGUGACAUCGACGGCUUCACAUGCUCAGACUGAGAAUCCUGCCGCGAGUAGCUAUGGAAGCUUGGCGGCUGCGGCUGCUGCAGCAAACUAUAGCAGUUUGUUAAGUGGGAUGGAAAGCCAGCACAACGCCGCCGCCGCCCUGCAACUCGCCCAAAUCCAGCAACAAGCCGCUGCAGCACUGCCAAUGGUGACACCCAGAGAAGUGCUUGGUCCCGAUGGCUGCAACCUUUUCAUCUAUCACCUGCCGCAAGAGUUUGGCGACGCGGAGCUCAUUCAAAUGUUCGCCCCGUUCGGCCACAUCGUGUCCGCCAAAGUGUUUGUCGACCGUGCCACUAAUCAGAGCAAGUGCUUCGGUUUCGUGUCGUACGACAACAUCCAUUCGUCACAAGCUGCUAUCACCGCCAUGAAUGGCUUCCAGAUUGGCAUGAAGCGUCUGAAAGUGCAGCUGAAACGUCCGAGAAAUGAGAGCCGUCCUUAUUGAUUUUUUUUGAAUAUUAAUUGAAAUUUUUUUCGAAAAAAAAUUUAAAAAUUUUUUUCAAGCAAAAAAAAUUUUUUUCGGAAAAAAUUUCAAAAAAUGUUUUUUUUUAAAAUUUUUUUUCGUGAAUUCUAUUUGAUCCAGUGCCAUUAUUGAUUGAUUAUAUAUGUAUUUUUGUAUUAUUUUUUCUGUACUUUGUACCCUAACACCUGUAGCAUGUACCCCCGCACACACACAAACACUUUUCACUAUAUUUUUCCUCAUUGUGUCUCUAGUCUAUUGCAGCUCCCCCCGGCGUUUUUUCCUACCGUACCUCUAGUCACUAUUGAUUGAUUUUUGUGUGUUUUGUAAUUUUGAAAUGCUAAAAUGAUAAAAAAAAAAUUUUGAAAAAAUUU